GAUGACGCGCGCUCCCUCUGCGGCGCACCGUGAUGACGGUGGCCGCGCUACCUGGCCCCCAUUUCCCAGCCGCCGCGGAGCAUGAGGUGAGGGGUCUGGUCACCAAGGCAGCUGGGGAGCGACGCCCAGACUUGGAAAAGCACAGCUGUCCACAGAUAUCUAAAUAUAAUCUGGAACUAACUUACGAAAACUUUAAGUCAGAAGAGAUCUUGGGAGCUGUGCUUCCUGAAGGUCAAGAUGUGAUUUCAGGGUUUAGCAGAGUAGGACACAUUGCACACCUGAACCUCCGAGAUCAUCAGCUACCGUUCAAGCAUUUAAUUGGCCAAGUUAUGAUUGACAAAAAUCCAGGAAUCACUUCAGCAGUAAAUAAGAUCAAUAAUAUUGACAAUACAUAUCGAAAUUUUGAAAUGGAAGUGCUAUCUGGAGAAGAGAAUAUGAUGACCAAGGUUCGAGAAAACAACUACAUAUAUGAAUUUGAUUUUUCAAAAGUAUAUUGGAAUCCUCGCCUCUCUACAGAACACAGCCGUAUCACAGACCUUCUCCAGUCUGGGGAUAUCCUAUUUGAUGUUUUUGCUGGGGUUGGGCCCUUCACCAUUCCAGCAGCUAGGAAAAACUGCAUUGUGUUUGCCAAUGAUCUCAACCCAGAGUCCCAUAAGUGGCUGUUGCACAACUGUAAAUUAAAUAAAGUGGGCCACAAAGUGAAGGUCUUCAACUUGGAUGGGAAAGACUUCCUCCAAGGACCAGUCAAAGAAGAGUUACAGCGGCAGCUGGAACUGUCAGAAGAAAGCAAGCCCUCCAUCCACAUCGUUAUGAACCUGCCAGCAAAGGCUACAGAGUUUCUUGGUGCUUUCAGAUCACUUGUAGAUCGGCAACCGCGCAGCAGGGAGCUCCUUCCCAGAGUGCACUGUUACAGCUUUUCCAAGGAGGUUAACCCUGUUGAGGAUGUCCGGCAACGCGCAGGAGCUGCACUCGGCAUUUCCUUGGAGGCGUGCAGUUCAGUUCACCUAGUGAGAAACGUGGCCCCUAACAAAGUAAUGCUGUGCGUCAGCUUUCAGAUCCCAGCUGCUGUGCUGUGUAAGAACCAGACAGACCAUCCAGGUGAGCAGUUCAUAGUGAGAUAA